UCCCGCUUGUGCGCGUGCUCCGUGCCGGUGUGCGAGUUUCCGUGUUGUCAUAUAAUAUUAUAAUCUAAAAUAGUCCGCGCGACGUCAGUUUAUUAGCCGGUUCGUUCGUGUUAUUUUUUUGUCGUUUCGGUUUUUUUCCACGUCGAGGAAUCCGUAUAAUUAUUUAUUUUUUUCGCAAAAUAUGUAUAGCAUAAAAUCAAAAAUCUUAAUUUAACCGGUCCGCGGCCUUUCGUGUGCGCGCGUGUCUGUGUAUGUGUGUGUGCGGCGCGUCAGUGCCUCGUUCAAAAUUGGAUUUUAUACACCUAUCAUAGUCAUUGUGACGGAUUAGAGGAAUGUGUUAUCUAGUCUUUAAGUGCUGAAGGUUUCAUUCAAAAGCCGAUCAAACGAAUCACAUUGAACAAUUAAGACAAACGAUGUCCUUGCAGAUGCCGGUGACGGAAGACACGCCUCCCGACAUGCUGUCUGGGGCAAUGGAUCUGAACGUGAUUUUGCCUAACGGUUCCGUGAUCAAGAUGAGCGUCGAGAGAAGUACACCAAUGAUGGACUUGCUUGUUCAGAUCACUACUGCCCACAAACUAUCACCAGGCAGUCACGCGGUGCACGCAAUCGGUGACCGUGGAGUUUUACCGUACAAACCCAGUACUCCUAUCGGUGCCCUAGAUACGUGGACAGUAAACAUCGUUCCUAAAAACUUAAGUAAAAAUGGCAGAUAUCAAAGCCAGUCUAUUAUAAAAUGCAUAUCAAAACCGUUCGAACAAACGUUCCGUCUUCAGGUACAUUUACCGAGAAAUCAGUUAUACGUAUCUCGAAUUAGUCCAAAAACGCAACUAAGCAACAUUCUUAAGCAAGUUUGUUUCGAGAAAAAUCUUGAUUCCACCAAAUAUACAUUAAGAAAACCAGACAAAUUGAACGAGCCUUUGGACUUGAGUAAAACAUUAGUUGAGUAUAAACUACAACAAUUGUCUUUGGUGUUGAAUACUAAUCGCACUCUUAUCGGCGGCCUAUCUUCAGAUGACAUUAUGUCCCGGACUCCUAAAAAAUUUUCGUGUGAUGAUAGUUUAAGUAGUGGUAGCUUGGGUGGUAGAAGUUUGAGUCCGACUAAAUCAGAUGAAUCUUCAGACACUCCACGUCGUCCACUAAUGGUUAAAGUAUUACCAUCUAGACCAGUCCGAAAAAGAAGACUAGCGCCAAAACCACCAUUGCAACAACGAAAUGCUCCAGAACAAACAAUAAUAUCACAUUCACGAAAUAGUUCUGAUAGUAGUGGAUACCACGAAUCAUCAGUCCUUAGUGAUGCUGUUGAUUGCAGUAUUGGAAUGAGAAGAACUGGAAAUUUUUCUCCUACUAAAACGUCUGGCCCGACCAUGUCGCGUUCAAUGACCAAUCUUCAAGCUUGCGGACAAAAUCAGAACCAGUUCUCCGAAAUACCUUUUAUGUCUAACAACAUAGGUCAAUCAAAACACUCCGUAUCUACUACAUCACUUAUAUCAAUUCAAAGUCGUAAAAAAAAAGCUGCACCUCUUCCACCUCUAGCAAAUAAGCCCAAACUUGCACCACCUCAAGAAGAAUCUGAAAUUGAACUAGAAACACAGAGAAAAUCGCAAACACUACCUGUUACUACAAAAAUGUAUACAGCAGAUCCACAAGAAAAAUCAAAAACUGUUUCCAGAAUAGAACUGAACAAUAAUGUAGUUGAACCUAAUCUAUCCCCAGCAACAUCCUCGUUGUCAUCACUUAGUCGAUCAGAUGUAGAUAGAGAUUUGACUGAACCCACAUCUCCCACGUCCUCAAUUGUAAUAGGUUGUAAAUACUUAUCAAAAUUGGAAGUGAAAUCGAAAAGACCAGCACCUAAACCACCUAUGCGAUCUUCGACUAUAAGCCGUCCAGAGGCGUCCAAUCCACCUGGAGAUUUGACAACAGUACCUCGAUUAUCUUCAGGUUCCACUGCCGAUGAAGACGAAUUGCGUAUGGACGACGAAGAAAUCGAUCGUAUAUUUGGAGAUGCAACUAGUGGUUACGAUACACCAUCUAUCGUUACCCUUAAAGAAAACAACUCGGAAGUUACAGAUAUUGAUUGGGAAUACAAAUUACCUGAUCCUCCUUCGGCAUUUAGGGAUGACCAUUCUCCUACAAUGACGAUGUUCGAUACAGUAACAAUUGGUAACCUUAAGGAUGUAGUCUUUCAAGAGGAACCUUCUAUUAAUCCAGUAAAAGUUAAAGAAGAUAGCAUCAAAGUUGAAGAGUCUGUGAAAAAAAUAAUUGGAAACGAAUACCAUUGUUUCCCUCAAGACUCGGGAAUUGGAUCAGAUGACUCAUCAUUGCCAUCAAGUUGUGAAGAAAAAAUACAUGCAGAUGAAAAAUCCGCUAAAAUUGUAGAACCAAAAGAAUCUAAACUUAAUAAUUUUAAAAUUGUAGCUUAUGAUGAAGAUUGUUCUAGACCAACAGAGAUAUUCUGUGAUGAGUCGGUUAAAACCUGGAAAACAACACAAAUAGCUCGAGAAUCAAAUCCCGCUUACAAAACGCAAACCACAAAUUCAAUUAAUAGACACAAAUCAUUUAGUAUGGAUAGAACUAACUUGUCCGUAACAGUCAAACGGAGUACGUCACAUAUUAGUCUUUUGAGUGGCAAUAUAAAACCAUCGAAUCGGUUGGCCAAACACUAUAUUGGACGAACUUAUUCUUCUGAACGACUGAAUUAUGAUGACAAUUCUCCAGUGAAAAAAUCAUUCAGUGUAGAUAACAUAACAGAAGAUGCGCAAGAAAAUUGCCAAGACGACAACGAAAUCGAAAUAAUACCAAAAAAAAUUGAACCUACAUUAGAACAGUCUUCUCCCUUACACUCCCUUCAGAUAUUAAAAACGAUUCUCCCACAAAUUGAAGAUCACAAAGAAAAUACAAAAAAUAAUAAUCCAAGUUUCGAUGAAGUUUCCAAUAUUCCAAAUACAUCGCUUACAGAAACAAUUUCAAAAAAAACCAAUGAAGGUCCGUUUAAUGAGAAAGUACUUGAAACGAAUAUGUCAAAACCAAAAAUAGAAACAACGGAAUUCAAUUAUUUACAAACGCAGGGGACUUUUCUGAAACCUAAGUGCCAAGAAGUUAUAUGUGAACAGAAACCUGUGACAGUUGAAAUGGCAGCUACCGUAAAACACGUUAAAUCUAUAAAUAAAUUUCACGAAGAGCCUAGUAAAAUCAAUACACUAAAUUUUCCAUGUGAAUUUCGUGAUAACAAACCGGAAGCCCAAAUACCAGUCAUUAAAGACGAUGAAAAAGUUAAAAAGUAUUUGUACACGGGUCCCCCAAAAAUCAGUUUAUCCACGUGGCAUGAACGUCCAAAAAGGCAAGUUAGCAUCAAAACCGACCGAGAUUACGUUAUUGGCAUUAGACAAAGGUUACAGCGAAAAGUCGACGAUAAUGUGAACAAUAAGUCGUUAGAUGAAGACCACUGCAACAAGCCCGUAUCCAGAGUACCGAUAGUAAAGUCGGUUGAACUGAAAAAACCUUACGCUGAACAAUUACAAACGGCUAACCCGGUUCUAGCUCUGUCUGAAGCGAUCAAAGUUGAAGCUAAACUCAAUAAUGAACUAAAGAAACCUUACGUUGAACAAUUACCAACGGUUAGCCCGGUUCUGGCCCUUUCCGAAGCGAUUAAAGCUCAAGCCAAGCUCAGUAAUGGCUACAGUUACCACAGCAACGCAAUCGUGUUGACCGGUGAAAAUGAUGAAAACAUAAUAUUAAGACCGCCGGAAAAGAAAUCAUCCGCUGACAGCUCGUACACUUUCGGCAAACUUACGGGUCGGUCUAAAAAACCUAGGGAAAUUUCAACGAAUGUCGACCCUAGGGAAAAUCUACUUGAGUCAAUCAGAUCGUUCGGGGGCAGAGACAACCUAAGAAAAAUUAGAGCAUAGUUCCAAUAGACUUAUUACUCAACUCACAUUUUACUCAAUUAUCAAACGGAAUAAUAUUAUAAUCAUAUGUUAUGAGUCCUUGCGUAAUAGAUAAUUAUUUGGUUUGUUUUUUAUUAGAACCAUAAAAACGUUACAUUGAGGUCAAUUAUUUAAAAAAAAAUUCUAACCUGUGGCUUAUCAUUUGAUCUAUAAAUUAAUGAUUGCAGCUUAUUGUAACAGUAUAUCCAAAUUUAAAAAUAAUAUUUUGAUUAUUUAUUACUCACUCGUACAAUUUGCUCUUGUUCCUUGAUUUUUUAUAAAAAUAAUUUUCAGAUCAAAAUCACGAAACCAAAAUGUGUACUCUGGUUCCAUUUAUUGCAAUUACUUUUAUUAGAGAUUGCCAUUUUUAAUUGAAUAAAUAAAUUAUAAAUUACUAGGCGCUCAACAAAACUUUGUUUGUAAUCAGUUCUGUUUUCUGUGUUUCCGUUGUAAAUGAAACACUGACUAACACCUACUGAUGCUCAUUAUAGGUGUAAUACCUUUUCUAAUUUAGUUGUCCUAUUUAUUAUAUUUCUUUUUUUUUUAUUUAUACUAAGUUAUAGACUCAAUAAUAUUAAAGUCAUAACCAAAA